AUGAAGAUGACGCUCGACGUCCGCCAGCGCUGGAAGGGCUUUGUCCGUAUUCUUCUAUCUCCAAGUCUCUGGUUCGACGUCUACUGGCCUGCCUCGCGCAAGUACUGGUUCUCGCUCCUGUUCAUUGGCGUGAUCAGCGCCAAAAUCCUCCACAUCUACUCCCACCGGAACUCUCUCUCGCCCGGCCAAUUUCUCCUCUGGGGCCCAACCUUCUUUGUCCAGGAUAUCGCAUGUAUUCUCAUUGCGCAGACCCUCUGCCAAACGUUCCACCGGCGAUGGAUCAAUGUCAUCUCCGCGCUGGUGGUCAUCAUGACCAGUCUGAUGAUCUCCAUUCUUGCCGCCGCCAACAUCUCGUUCUAUACGCAGACGGGCGCCGAAUUACAUUGGCGACAAGCGCAUUAUUUCCAUCGCGACGCGGCCUCGAUUAAGACUUUGCUGACCGGAUUAACCGGCAUUGUGAUCGUGGAGGUGCUGUUCAGUGCUGCUGCAUGGAUCUCGUCGCCUUACCUGUACAAUGGGGUCCGCGCAGUUGUUCGGGUUUGGAAAGCGACCGUUGCCCCAGUCCUCAUGUGCUGGAAGCGGAACCGCACCUCCGACAAGGACUAUGGGCAAGUUGCCAACACGGACUGGGAUGAGGAGCAUGCGGAAUCAGAGGCCAUGAUGGGCUGGCAGGAACCCGUGGCCGCAUCCCAGAAACCCUCAUCGCACCCUCCGCCGUCCCUGUCAGGGCGCGUGCUCGUGGCCGCGGCGAUCGCCCUUCUGCUCCUUCUACGUUGCAUUCGCCCGACUGCUACCGCAUACUCCUUUCUGUCGCAGACCGUACUCAUCACCCCCUUUGAGAAGCCCCCACAGUCAGUGAAGACUUCCUCCGUCGAUCUCCCGCCGGACCUGCCCGGUGACUACAGCUGGCUCUACAACCAUACCGCGCUGGCCGCACCCUCCAGUUUCGACUGGCUGCCAACGAAGAAGAUGGCUGGGUUCAGGGACUGGUAUGAGGAAGGAAUGGAAGGAACAGCUUUACACUACGACCCCGCCCAUGACCCGCUGAAGAUUUCCAACCUCGACCGCGAUGUUCUGGAGCCAUUACGCGACGCUCUCAUGGAUGGCCAUGUGAACAUCAAGCACGUUUUCCUGCUGAAGUUAGAAAGUACCCGUCACGACGUCUUCCCGGUUCGCAAGGAGUCCCAUCUCGGCGAUUUGAUCCGCGAAUCCUUUGGUGGCAGCAUUCCAGAUGACGUGGAUCAGCGCCUCGCCAACCUAACCGUUCAUGCCGAGCGACUGACGGGCAUCCCGGCCGGUUGGGAGCACAGCAACGAUUCAUGGGAGCCAUACGGAGGCAUGUAUGCGUCGAACGCCUACACUGGCGACACCUUCACUCUCAAGAGUAUUCUCGCCAGUGUAUGCGGCAUCGCACCCUUGGUGGUCGACUUCAACCGCGAAUACCUGCAUCAUAUCUACGAGCCGUGCAUGCCGCAUAUUCUGAGCGCAUUGAACUCCUUGUCUAGCGAACACAACACCAGCCAGGUAAAGAAAGAUGAUUAUACCACCUGGCCCUGGCAUUCGACCUUUAUGCAGAGUAUCACAGAUAACUACGACAACCAGGACCUCUUGCUCCCUGUUUUGGGUUUCAAGGACAAGGUUACCGACAAGAAGAUUACCAAGGACUGGAAGAAAAAGCCUGGCGAUGCACCGGAGAAGUACAAUUUCUGGGGUUAUCCCGAGCAUGAACUGCGGUCGUAUUUCCUCAAUGCUUUGAAUCAUGCGGAGAAACAUCAUGAGCGCAUCUUCCUCACUCACCUGACGGGGCAAACACACCAUCCAUGGCAAAUGCCAAAGGGCGACAAGUAUGAGGAGUUGAUUCACCACAGCAUUUUUAACCACAAUGGGAAUGUGAACCGCUACCUGAACACUAUUGGGGUUGCAGACAGAUGGCUUGGAGAGGUCAUGGACGUUCUUCAGGAAGCUGGUGUUGCGAAUGAGACCCUGGUAGUCAUGGUUGGUGACCACGGCAUCUCUCUGGUCGAGGACGGUGGUGUGACUCCCUAUGACAACCCGCACGUUUCCAACUUCCAUGUCCCCCUCGUCUUCUCACACCCGCAGCUUCCCCCAAUCAAGAUCGACGGCCGUGUCACAUCCAUGCAAAUCCUGCCUACCAUCAUGGACCUCCUCGUGGAAUCUGGGUCUCUGGACGAGAAGGCUACGGAUGCAAUCAAGGACCUCCUCCCUCUUUAUGAAGGCCAAUCAAUAAUCCGAGACCUUGUCCCAGAGAAGGAUGGAAAACUCGACUGGCAAUUCACCGUCAUGAACACCGGAGCCACAUGGCUUGCGCUUCGGUCCGCCCCGAAGCCAUACCGCUUGGUCAUUCCACUCGUUCCCGAUGUCGAGUGGCGCUUCUCGGAUGUGGAUAAAGACCCCCACGAAUUGCACACCCUUCAGUCGUUCAGCCUGCCCCCACUUCUGGACCAAGUUGCCGCGGCGCACGGCGAAGAGGCCCUGCAAUGGGUGAUUGAUGCAGCUCAUGUUACCCAGUGGUGGGUCGGAGAGAAUUGGCGCCGUUAUGAAUACAAGCCGGAGUCAUGA